AUGUAACAUUUAGAACUAAAUAGUAGAUAAUAAUUUCUUUGCACGUGUUGUAGUUUCCUCCUUUGCCUCCAAACAAAAAACGUCUACACAUGUGGACUAGUCAGCCGAGAGGUCAGAGGUUAAAAGCGCCAUCAUGGCGUCGCUGGAGGACGAUGAUGUGGCUGAUGACCAACUCGCGACGCUCCUGGUCUUUCCGCCAGAGGUCCAACAGGCCAUAGAUCAAGUCCUGCCGAGCAACGACCCUCUGGAUCGCCCUGACUUCAACCCGGUGGAGUACAUCAACACGCUGUUUCCCACGGAACAAUCUCUCGCCAAUAUCGACGAGGUUGUGAACAGAAUCCGCUUGAAGAUCCGUCGUCUUGAUGAUGACAUCCGCGGGGUUGUGCGAGGUCAGACGAACGUGAGUCAGGAUGGGCAGGCGGCCCUGGAGGAGGCACAGAAGGCCAUACAACAGCUGUUUGAGAGGAUCAAGGACAUCAAGGACAAGGCUGAGAAGUCAGAGGAGAUGGUGAAGGAGAUCACCCGUGAUAUCAAACAGCUGGACCACGCUAAGCGCCAUCUUACCUCCUCCAUCACCACCCUGAACCACCUGCACAUGCUGGUAGGGGGCGUCGACUCUCUGCACUCCCUCAUUCGCCGCCGGCAGUAUGGAGAGGUUGCCAACCUGCUGCAGGGAGUGGUAAACGUCAUGGAACACUUCCACAAGUACAUGAGCAUCCCACAGAUCAGCCAGCUCGCAGAUCAGGUGAAACAGAUCCAGACAGAAGUUGGUCAACAGAUAUUGGCAGAUUUUGAGGAGGCAUUCUCGGCCCAUGGUGGAAAAGGUCUGGGACCCAGCAACACAGCGCAGCUGGCUGAGGCAUGUCUGGUAGUGAAUGUCCUUGACCCCAAGGUCAAGCGUGACCUGAUGAAGUGGUUUGUGAAGCUGCAGCUGCAGGAGUAUGCAGCGCUGUUCCACGAGGGGCAAGACGUCGCCUGGCUUGACAAGAUCGACCGUCGCUAUGCCUGGCUCAAACGAGCGCUGGUUGAGUUCGAGGAGAAGUUUGGGAACAUGUUCCCUGCUGAGUGGGCAGUGAGCGAGAGGAUUACUGUGGAGUUCUGCCACAUCACCAGAAAGGAGCUGUCUCGCAUCAUGACCAACAGGAAGGCGGAGAUUGAGGUAAAACUGCUCCUUUUUGCCAUCCAGAGAACCACCAACUUCGAACAGCUGCUGGUGAAGAGAUUCACUGGCAUCACGUUUGAGGAGGAGGGGCAAGGCCAGAAUUUAACCAACCCGUUUGUGGAGCCACAGCAACUGGAGUCAACAAACCCAUUUGAAGUGGAAGAUGAAAAUUCACAAGCUGCACCAGCCAAGCCAAAGCAGUCUCCAUUCAUUGGCAUCAUCUCCCAAUGUUUUGAGCCACACCUGCACGUCUAUAUCCUGUCUCAGGACAAAAACCUAGCAGAAUUGAUCGAGCGGUUUGUUCAGGACUUCAAGGAACACGGUGUUCCCCACGUAGAAGGUGAGGAUGGAGGUGCAGUCCUGCCAAGUUGUGCAGACCUGUUUGUGUUCUACAAGAAGUGCAUGGUGCAGUGCUCACAGCUGAGUGCGGGGGCACCCAUGGUGGACCUCGCAGGGGUGUUCCGCAAGUACCUGAGAGACUAUGCCAGCAGGUUGCUGAUUGGCAAUUUGCCAAAGGUGAGCAAAGGAUCCACGGCACAUGAGUCAAUGCCAAAGGACAUGCAAUUCUACAGGAUGCUGUCUCAAAGUGUAACCACCAGUGGGGGAGGGCUGACCAUCUCCAGCCUGCUGAAGGAGGGGAACCAGGAGCUGAGUAAGUUCAGCCCUGAGGAGCAGCGUCUUGUCUGCAGCAUCUUGUGCACGGCUGAGUAUUGUCUUGACACAUCUCAGCAGCUUGAGGACAAGCUCAAGGAAAAGGUUGAACCAUCCCUGAGUGAGCAGAUUGACCUGUCUCAAGAGAUGGACCUGUUCCACACCGUCAUCUCCAACUGUAUCCAGCUGCUGGUACAGGACCUGGAGGGGGCCUGUGAACCAUCCCUCGCUACCAUGGCAAGGGUCAACUGGCAGGCUGUGGAAACAGUGGGUGACUCCAGUAACUACGUCACUGCCAUCACCAUGCACAUUAAAACAGCUGUGCCACUCAUCCGAGACAACCUGGCCUCCACCCGUAAGUACUUCACCCAAUUCUGCACCAAGUUUGCAAACUCCUUUGUCCCCAAGUUCGUCACCUACUUGUACAAGUGUAAGCCCAUCAGCACAGUUGGGGCAGAGCAGCUCUUACUGGAUACCCACUCCCUCAAGACCGUGCUGCUCGACCUCCCUUCCAUCGGAUCUCAGGUCAACCGCAAACCUCCAACAAGCUACACAAAGAUCGUGGUGAAGGGCAUGACCAAGGCUGAGAUGAUCCUGAAGGUGGUGAUGUCCCCUCACGACCCACCUGCAGGGUUCGUGGACAAUUACAUCAAACUCCUGGCCGACUCUGACACUGGAAACUUCCAGAAAGUCUUGGAUAUGAAGGGUCUUAAGAGAAGCGAGCAGAGCACGAUGUUGGAACUGUUUCGCACCAGACUGCCGGCCCCGCCGUCAGGUGAAGCACAGGCGUCCAACAUGACACCCUCUCCAGAACAGGACUCCAGCAGGAUCAGGAAGUUAGAGAAACUUAUAAAAAAGAGACUGUAGUGUUAAGUUGUCACAGUGAAUGUAUUUUAAUCAACACCGGUCACUUUAAAUUUGGGAAGUCCUUUUCUGGCAUGUGUCAAGGGCACCAUGUGCAAAGCUUUACUUUGCAACUAGUUACCAGUUAACAUUUUGUGUUAUAUGUCCUUUGAAAGAAGGAUGCUUUUCUUUAUAUUAUGGCACAUGAGUAGGAAGGUAUACAGCCCUGUAUCCAAGAUAUAGAUAAGUUGCCAAAUCUUAAGUGACCAGGGUUACAUGUAUUUGUGGUGGUGCUGACAUUAUUACACAGUUUGAUUGAUUUAAUUAUGUCAAAUCUAUUGUAUAGAUUUAUUAAUGAUCUAAGGUUGUUUGUCUUAUAACUUCAAAAAAGGCAAAUACAAAAUGUAUUGAGUUUGGCUGAUUGAUAAUUUAUGGGACAAUCUGUUGAUAUAUGUAUUAGCCUCAGCUUGUCAAGCUAAUUGUGGAUCUGAAUUAAGUCAAGUCCAGUCAAGUCAUAACCAUAGCUUGACAGUAGACUGUGCUAUACAUGUAGAUAUAAGCAUACCAUUAGCAGCUCUCUACUUUUGUAUAUGUUCUAUGUAGCAGGACCAAUCUUGUAGGAAUGUAGAAGUUACAAGAAAAUGAUUUUCAGGGACAUGUUGCUAGAUAACACUAGAUGUAUGUUUGUAUAAAAUAGUGUAUGUGAUGUGAUGCAUAUUGUGACAAGAUGUGUGAUAAAUUGAUAAACUUUGUCAACAAGAAUGCUUGAUCCAAACUUUUGAAUGACUUGGAAUCAUUCAUUGUAAACAUGUGUUUUGGUACAUUUACAUGGGCAAAGUAUAUUGCUGCAAUGUUUUCUCCCUCCAGUGAGCCUUAGUUCAUUUUUUAGUGCAUGCAGUGCUCUCUGAAAGAGAUAGGGGGCUCUUUUGAUUAGCUGUUGUCAGCCAUCCACUGUUUACCAUUGGGACCAGCAGUUUAGGUUUAAUUUCAAAAACAUCUGUCUUUGGUGGAACACUCCUUUUCACCCAUUUCUUAGGAAAAUAAUCUCAUAACAAUACCGGCACAUUGUCCAACAUGUUGCACAAACCCUACAUGGAUAACCUGUGGAAAUUCAGUAUACCAAGCUAAGGCUUGAGUACACAAAGAAAAACAGUCUUACAUCAAAACAUAUUGGAUGGUGUUUGUUGUUUUAUCAUUUUACUGAAAUGAAGUAGUAGUAAACAGUAUAAAUGUAUAUGAUAUAAUGAUGGCAUUAAAUCUGGUUGUGAAGGAAGAUGUCUUACGGUUUCAUCUUUAUCCAUAGACUUGCUGUUGUGCACUUUUGUGAAUGAACAAUCUUUUAAGAUGGAUAGUUAAGACAGUCACCCUGUAUUUCGAGACAAAUUUGGAACUUGGGAGGUCUAAUUAAGUUUCAGACUUGCUGUUAUGUCUUAAGUUGUUAUUGAAUAUAAAGUUAACAUUUCAUGUAUUGGUUAAAACAUGAUCAUUUGAUAUGGUCUAUCUACUUCUGCUAUAGCCUAUAGAGGUAGGUGACCUUAAGUUGAAUUAAAUUGUUCACAACUUCACCUGUCAUCACCAUCAGUAUGCAUUAAUCUUGGACUAAUAACAUCUUCUGUAUUCAAGAAUUAAAAGGUGCCAAUGUUUGCUGAGCUAUCUGUAAGUUGAUCUGUAACAGCCACACAAUGCUCAUGGUACAUUUCAAAUGAUGCUAGAGUGGACAAACCUUUGCACAAGGUCAUGAUUGUAUAAGUACUAAGUAUUACAUUUUCUGUUACAUUUGAUUUAACUUAAUUGAUGCUUGGUUACAGUCAUUCCUGGCCAGAAUUGGACCUGAUGUUAGAGAGGAGGGACAUGGUUAAGAUGCUGACAUGGCUGAAUAUGGACAGAUCACAGAGUUUUUAAGAUUUAUUGUUAUUGUUCAGAUGAUUUGUAUCGUACAUUUUGGUGAAAAAUUUGACAACAUGCUGAACUGUAACUGA